AUGGAUGAAGUUGACAGAAUGCAGAUGAACAAAGAACCUGAGCUGAUUAUGCACCAUAAGCAUGUAGAUAAUUUUUGGAGACAAAAAGCCAAUCUCAUAUGGAACCUGGAAGGAGAGGAAAACACCAAAUUCCUCCAUGUAGUGGUUAAAGGCAGAAGGAAGUAUCUGCAGAUCAGAAGAAUUUAUGAGAAUGGAGCUUCGAUAGAGGAAGAAGAGGAAAUUGGAAAUGCUGCAGCAAAGUUUUAUCAGAACUUAUUCACACAUCAGGAUACACAUAUUGAUCUCAGUAUCCUUGAGCAUGUUCCUAACUGCAUUGACUCCUUUGAUAAUGAAAAUCUUUCAAAAAUUCCCUCUGGGAAGGAAGUAAAAAAAGCAGUGUUUGAUAUUAAUCCAAACAGUGCUACUGGACUUGAUGGUUACAGUGGAAUGCCUAUAAGCCUCAGUAAUGUAACUCAAAAAAUUAUUUCCAAAGUCUUAUCUGAUAGAUUAGCUAAUGUUCUCCCAAAAAUAAUUUCUGCUAACCAAAGUGGCUUUAUUAAAGGUAGAACCAUAGAGGAGAAUGCCCUAUUAGCUCAAGAAAUCAUUCAUGAUUUAAAACAAGAGAACAGGGAUGGAAAUGUUAUCUUCAAGAUAGAUAUGAACAAAGCAUACAAUAGACUAUCCUGGUAUUUUUUAUGUGUUGUUAUGAGAAAAAUGGGAUUUGAUGAAAAAUGGAUCUUUAUCAUAUGGAAUGUUCUUUCUAACAACUGGUAUACUGUUGUCAUUAAUGGAAAAAGACAUGGAUUUUUUAACUCUCAAAUAGGAGUUAAGCAGGGAGAUCCUAUAUCUCCUGCUCUAUUUAUUAUUGCUGCUGAAACCCUUUCUUGCAUGCUGAACAAUUUGUAUAAUGACCCUACGUUUAUCAGUUUCACUAUGCAAAAGAAGGUCCUAAAAUUAAUCAUCUUGCGUAUGCUGACGACUUGA